AUGUCCCAGAGUUCUGUAAACGGUGGCCGGUGGGUGAAUUCCUGCUUUUUCUACUACGAAAGGGCGUCGCCGCCAGCCAGCCAGCCAGAGAGCUUCCAACUCCUCACCCGACCCGGCCCCCGCUUGUUCGCAGCUCACGACGUCUUUGUUGUCCUCAUCGUCAACUUCCCCUCAAAGCAAGAAAUUGCCAAAGGACCGCGCAGAAGAGAAAAAAAAAAAAAAAAACCAUCAACCCCGCCCGGAGCGCGAACGAGCAAAGACGAAGCAGGAAAGGGACAGAAGAAAAAAAGGAGGUCAAUCAACGCAUCGGAGGUUUCUUUUGGCGCUCCCAGCAGCAGCUUGGGGUUGUGGGGAUCGCAGCUUAAGGUUCGCUCGCUCGCUGGCUACCAGCCUGCUAGUCUGCUUGCCAGCUGCGCUCUGGUGACCCGGGCAGGCAUGGUCGGCGAGACAUCGACGAUUUGCACGCCCGUCGAAUCUAUGGCUUCAAAUCCGUCUAUCCUGAUUUCGGUUGCACAGGCGACGUAUGAGCUUCGCGAGGAAAAGGAAGCGACCACCCCGAGCAACCGACCCCGUCGACAUACAGACCGACGGGCGGAAACUUAUGAUAUUCUUACCACAGAGGGUAAUAAUCCUCUAUGGGUCUUCUACCGUAUGGGUCAUAAUCAUUUUACAGUUGGCCACGCUUCCUUUGCUGGGGUUGAAAACCGAUUUGGGUCGAUUUCGCUGUCAGAGAUGGGGAUCUCGAUCAGAAUCAGGAAACAAUUGAUUAUUUGA